UUUUGUGAAUGACUUUUGCUUUUCAUGAAAAACUAAACGACAAUUAAAUUGAUAUUUAAAACACAUUUGAUUUGCUAUUGAAAUCUAUUACUCGGUUUGCGGACAAUGUCUGGUCAUUGUUGUGACCACUCGUGUGAAGGACACCAAUCCAUCAACAAUACCGAAGAUAUGGGCGUUUUGUACAGUCUUUACACCCGUAUAGACACCGAUCGCGUCGAGUGUCUCAACGAAGCCAUUGAGGGCUCCGGGAGGCGAGUCUUCAAGCCGUGGGAUCAACGGCUCAACUUUGAACAGUUUGUGGAAAGCGAUUGCGACGAAGAACUCCUCUUUAAGAUACCAUUCACUGGAAAUGUCAAACUCAAAGGUCUUAUUGUAAUCGGUGGUGAAGACGAGUCCCAUCCCUCAAGAAUACGAUUGUAUAAAAACCGACCCGACAUGAACUUCGACGACGUGACCGUUGAGGCGGACCAGGAGUUUGAGACAAUGCGUGACAUGAGUGGCACUCUUGAGUACAUUAUUAAAAUUGUCAAAUUUUCUUCUGUCCAUCACUUAACGAUUCACAUCCCGAAGAAUUUCGGCAAUGAGACCACAAAAGUAUACUAUAUUGGCCUCAGAGGGGAAUUCACAAAAACACAAAGAGAAGCCAUUGUACUCACAAACUAUGAAUUGGCACCAAAUCCGGCCGAAUGUAAGACUGAUAUCCAGGAGAAAGUGCCGCAUCAAAUACACUAAAAAAAGUGCACUCAAUCUUAUUUUAUAUCAUUUUUAAUUUACUCAAUACAACUAAAAUGUUUUACUUAUAAUAAAUUGUUAACAUUAAUGAAAAUACAGUAUAAA